UAAACAUAUGGCAAUUAUCACCUUCACCACUCUCUUGAAUUCCUCGGCGUCAACACCAUGCCGAUUUUACGCCUUUCCCCGACAACUUCAUACUCUAAUUCAUACCUUCUCAUCCUCCAGGCAACAGAGCCUUCUGUGCCUCUUCCUUCUUCAUCAUCUUCAUCUUCUUAAAAGCCCUUCUCUUCUCUCCUUUCAACUUGGGGGUUUCCUGGAAGUUAACAAAAAUUCUACCUCGUAGUUUGUGAUUGUGGAGUUGGGCUUUUUGUGAAGAUUUUACUGCUCAUGGAGUUUACCUCUUUUUUAAUCCACGACGGUGUUGUGGACCUUCAAACAAAUUUUUUUUUUUCGCUUUUCCUUUCAAACAUAUUUAUGUGAUUCGAUUCCAAUUUGAGUUCUGAUUUGGAUUCUAAUUUCGAUUUAGAGGAAGAAUGUUGAGAACACCUGACAUUUGGGUUGGCAAAAUAAGAAGAUUGUUGCUUCUUAAAAUUCAAGAGAGUGAAAUCAAAACUGAUGGUCCACUGCAAUUGUUGCUGUAUCCAACGAAUCUCAUGCCGUCUUCUGCAAUUGUUUCUUCUCCGGCUGGUGUUGGUUCUGGAUAUGGUCUCAUUAUCGGUGACACAGUCAGAUUGGGCAUGGCUUCCGAAGCACCUAUUGGAUAUGAUUAUGUACAAGUUGGUUUCGCUUUCUGACUAUGUUCGCGUUGGUGCUGUUUGCAAACCAUGGUACUCUGUGGCAAUGGAGAAGCAAGUUGAAUUUUUUAAAAAUAAAUGUUGCAGACAAGUUCCAUUCUUGAUGGUUCCUACCGAAGAUAAUAGUGAGGAAAGAUGUAGCCUCUACAGUAUCACUCAUAAUAAAUUAUAUGAUUUUCAGUUACAAGUACCUUACAAAAAGAGGUUUUUUGGUUCCUCACAUGGUUGGUUUUUAGGGUAAAAGAAUCCUUCGGCUUAAUCCUAAUUAACUCAUUCUCUGGCGCCACCAUUGAGCUUCCUUCGAUUAUAGACCGCUCAAAAUACGGACCUCAUCAGCGUCUUGAGGUUGAGUUUGAAAUUAUGAAGGCUACAUUAUUUGCAGACCCUGUUUCGUCUCCUAAUGACUAUAUUAUCAGUGCAAUAGAUGGUGGUAACAAAAGACUGGCAUUCAUUCAACCAAGAGACAAAGCUUGGACUUACAUAGAUAGAGAGAGAUUUAGACUCAUCUUUGAUGUAAUAUUUUAUAAAGGUCAGAUUUUUGCAGUUAAUGAUUGGAGUGGAAUCAUAAUGGUUGAUCUUAAUAGAAGGGUCGGGGAGAGUAGGCUCCCCAAGUGAAGGGAAUAGUACCGCAGAUAUCGCAGAGUGAUGUCUCUGAUCAGAUGUAUCUUGUCGAAUCAUCUAGUGGGGAUUUAUUUCUUGUGCAAAGGUUUGUAGAUUAUGACGUAGACGAUGAUUUCCAGCAUACAACUGAUGAUUUUCUGGUUUUCAAGGUGCUUUUACAGAAAAUUAAUGAAAAGAGUUGGCCUGAGCAGGUUGAAGUGAAGAGCUUGGGUGGAGACACCCUGUUGGGAGAUAACCGUUCAAUAUGUGUUUCAGCUUCUAAAUGGCCUGGGUGCCAACCCAAUUCCAUAUACUACACUGAUGAUUAUAUUGAUUUUAAAUUACAUCCCCUACAUGGGCGCCACGACAUUGGUAUCUUCAAUGUAGAGAACGAAAGUUUUGGGAUGCAUUACAUUCUUGAUCCGUAUGCCGCCCUCAAUUUGAAUUGUGCCAACCAUUUAGGAGAAAUUGAGUACAGAAGUAAUUUCCGGAGUGUCUUUUGGUCGAACAAAUUUACAUUAAAAUGUAAGAUCAUGUUUGAUAGACUUUUUGUUUUCCUAGUGGGUACUUUUAUGAAUCAGUGAGGUCUGUGAUUUAAUAGAAGAAUUAUAGUGGAAGAAUUUUCUAACUCAUCGGCAAUAUGUACUGUAAGAUCGUACAACGAAGAGGAGUAAGUAAUUUGAAAGAAUUAUUGAGAAGAAAUAAAGAAUCUUGCUGUGAGACAAUGACCAACGUUCUCUGCUAAUUCUUCAAUAAUUGGUCUCUCGAAUUAUAAGUAUUAUAUAUAAAUAAUAUUAUACACAUGAUUGUUGUGGCGAGUCCCAAUUUGGGGUCAAUCCCAACAUUUCUAUUUCAAAAGCAUUGAAAGAGAUCAAAUUGGUCUCGGCCUGAUAUCAAAACACCAGAGGCCACCUCUAUGACCCACAAAGGAAAAAGAAGGUGUGAGUGUUUUGAUCUGUAUAAAGAGCUCACUCCAUAUGGGGAAGCAUGGUCUUGGCAAAAGUCCAUUGUCAAAGAGAGGAAGGCAUUGAUUGAAGGGAACGAAGAUUGGUCUGAGACUUUGAUCAUUCUACAACACCAACCUGUUUAUACAUUGGGUACCGGUAGUUCAGAAGAGUUCUUGAAUUUUGACAUAAAGGACGUUCCUUUCGAUGUGCAUCGAACCGAACGUGGCGGGGAAGUGACAUAUCAUGGACCAGGGCAGAAAAACAAUAGCAUCCUAAAAGAUUGGAUUGCUUCCGGAGAUCAGAAAUUAGCAGCUAUUGGGAUACGAGUAUCACAGUGGGUAGCAUAUCAUGGCUUAGCAUUGAAUGUCACCUCAUAUCUAACUCCUUUUCAAAGAAUAGUUCCAUGUGGAAUAAGGAAUCGCCGUGUUGGAAGCAUAAAGGGGUUAUUGAUGGAAUCUUUGUCACUUGAUGGAUGCAGAAGAACGGACAUAUAAUAUCAUAAUGAUUGCCAACUAAUUGAUAUUACUCAGAAAUCAUUAGUCAGAGCGUUUUUUGAAGUUUUCCAAGUUGAACUCCUCCAAAAAUCUAUCUCAUAUCUGAAUUUUGAAAGGGGAAACGGCCAACCUAGCGUACUGGGAACCUAAUUUAACACUCAGAUUAAAAAGAGCUUGUCUGAAUCAUCUCAACCAGUCAAACUAUCUGUUGUAGAAUAUUAUUGAAAUUCUUUAUGGUCUUCUAUAUCUAUAAAUUGGGACCUCAUCUACUUAAAUGAAACAACGUUGCAGCAGGCUUGUGUUUCUUGAAUUAUUUAGAUACUUACCCUGUAUUCUAUUUUCUGUCUGAUAGAUAUUUCAGGAUACUAAUUGUAGUUCCAAAUUUGUUCAACAUUACUCUCAAUACCUGUGUAGUUCCAUGCAUCAUUUCAUUUAGACAAAAGACUUCAACUGUUAAGUUCAAUGAAGCAUUUCAUUUAAGCAAAAGACCUAAGGGUAUGUUUGACAGCACCGUUUUGGAGCAAAAUGUAUGUCAAUUUCUCUCUCUACUGAUUUUUUCCCUCUCUUGGUCUCCAUCUUCUUUAAACCCUAACUAUGCAUUUGUUGCUUUGUAGAGAAUCAUUUGUAUCUCAACUUUUCUCUUGAGUUACUCUUCAACUGUGAAGGUCUUCCUUCAUCAUUUUUGUAUAUCCAAAACUAUUCUAGUGUUGUUUUGAG